AUGAGGCCCUCUAUACAGCGUGGACAGUUAUGUUUAAUUCUUGCAUCUUGUUGUGCUGUCAGUAGUUGCGAGGCUUCUAAACUUGAGCAACAAUCGGCUUCCUAUUCAAAUUCAACGAACACAACAUCCCCUAACAAUAAAGCGGCCAUCACUCCAACGCCAACAAUACUUUUCAGUUCAAGUACAUCAUCAAAUUAUUCCAGUACGAUUACAUCUGCACCAGUUUACCCUUGGGGAGAUCAAAGUAUCCCAAUCAACACAUGUUCGGUAACAGCUUCAGGUGGCGACAUUCAAUGGACGCCAUGCCAUAUCUUUGCUGGGACAGUACGAAUGAGUUAUUUCCCGGACAACUGGGGAACAUGGGGAAACAAGACUUAUACCACCUACUACAAUACUGACUUUGGCGUGACCAUGACUUCUCCAUUAAUCUACAUGAUGGUCAACACUAUCACUGGAGGGAAUGAUUGUGGUCCCUUAGGUCCCACCUAUGCCGACAAAGUCAUCUCGAUGGACCCAACAGAGGUCUACACCUUGCAACCUUACGCAGAUCACACGGUCACAACAAGAAUGGGACCACCUCAACCAUUGAUAUUGAGUGACCUAACCAGCAACUGUCAAGAAACAUACAGCACGUUCUCAACAGACGGAGCGUUUGUCAACACACAUCCUGUCUACGGCAUGUACAAUAGAUGCCACCCUAGAUUCGUGUUUCCCAUUCAGCUCAAGCGCAUCGGGUUCCCAUAUUGGAUGCAUUGCGGGAAUGACAAUUACACUUAUGGCAUUUUCGACCCUCCAGGAGCAAUUCCCCCUGUGAGUGGACUAUUACCAACAACCGUCGCCGAUCCCUACACAUCGACUUAUAAAUCUGCAAGCGCUCUUCCAACUACUCUCCCCGUUCAAGAAACCUCUCAAGCACCACAACCUGCAGCCCCAACAACUCCUCCAACAGAUCCAGCGAUAUCUUCACCUCCACCAGCCUCGGUCCCUACUUCAGCGACCGCGAUAGCGACGGUAGGAAGUCAAACUAUUAGCGCAAUUCCCGGUUCAUCGGGCGUUGUUCUGCCGAACGGAUCAACAGCAAAACCAGGCUCGGUUGCAACAAUCACGGACUCGAACAGCAAACCAGUAGUUGUCUCAGUCGGACCAUCAGGAGUUUUUAUCGGAGGCACAAGCCAAGGCGAUUCAACAAGCUUCUUCGCAAAUCCAACGUUACCCCCUGGCCCUCCUCCACCAACUUCAACAGCAAUUGGCGUAAUUGGAGGCCAUACAAUUUCAGCAGCGCCGGGAGACUCGACACUAGUCAUCGAUGACCAAACCAUUACGUCCGGAGGCAAUGCCGUGACACUCGCAGGUCCAAAUAAUGUGGUGAGUCUCGGAUCUAGUGGGCUGGUGGUCGAGUUUCCAGGUGGCACCGUCUCAACCUUCACGCUUCCAACGGCCACUCCCGACUGGGUGACGACUACCGUGGACGAAAUCACUGUCAUUGCGUCAGCCGGGGCGUCCGUAGUCUUGGUCGGAAAUCAAGCUGUCACAUCUGGUGGCUCAGCGGUCACGGUUGGAAAUGAUGUCGUAAGUCUGGGAUCAAGUGGAUUGGAAGUUAUGAUGCCAGGUGGACGAGUCACAACUCUCUCCUUUGCUCCGAAAGCCGAAGCCAGCACGGCAGCGGGGGGUACAACUUCAAGUAAUGCUCUUGGGUCCCUAUUAUCGCUUCCAUUGCGGGAGCAAAUCAGCCUGAUAAAGCAAUUGGAAGCCCAAGCAGCACGAGCUCGGGAGUCGGUCUGCCAGCCGCAUUAG